GGCUGGUGCGUGAAAAGCCGAUCAGACGUGUCCUGUUCAAGAACCAUCAUUUGACGUUGAGGAGAACAUUUUCUCUUUUACUACGUUUUUCACAAAUCCUAGAAAGAAAAUACAGGUGUGUGGUUGAGUUUUUUCCGCAGAAUAAUUUGGAAUUCUAUUUAUAAUUUGGAGAUUUUGAAACACCAUUUUGAGAUUUCCAAUCGUCGGUCCUUACUUCUAUUGUGUGAACAAUACCAGUAAAUAAUAAUAAUUGAUGGCUCUGCAUAUCAGUGUGAGCAGUGCGUGUUUCUGUGGUGAUUUCAUUCACAGGAAGGUUCAACGAAUCAGAGCCGUCGCUUCCGAGGACUUCACCACCGUGAAGACAGAAGAAGAUAAGGUGAAGUUAGGGGGGUCCGAGUUGAAGGUGACGAGGCUUGGCAUUGGAGCUUGGUCAUGGGGUGACACCAGCUACUGGAACAACUUUGAAUGGGAUGAUAGGAAGAUGAAGGCGGCUAAGGCUGCUUUUGAUACCAGUGUUGAUAGUGGUAUUACCUUCUUUGACACUGCUGAGGUUUAUGGCUCAAGGUUCUCAAUGGGUGCAAUCAAUUCUGAAACUCUACUAGGAAGAUUCAUCAAGGAAAGAAAAGAAAGGAAUCCCGAAGUGGAGGUUGCUGUUGCAACCAAAUUUGCUGCAUUGCCAUGGAGGCUGGGCCGUCAGAGCGUCCUCACUGCCCUUAAGGAUUCCCUAUGUCGUCUUGGGCUUUCUUCCGUUGAACUCUAUCAACUGCACUGGCCAGGAAUUUGGGGAAAUGAAGGUUCACAAGGGGCUCGGUUUAAUGGAAAAUCAUUUUCAGGAUAUAUUGAUGGUCUUGGAGAUGCUGUGGAGCAGGGCCUUGUGAAAGCUGUUGGGGUAUCUAACUAUAGUGAAAAGCGCCUUCGCAACGCGUAUGAGCAGCUUAGUAAGAGAGGUAUCCCACUGGCUUCAAACCAAGUCAAUUAUAGUCUCAUAUACAGAAUUCCGGAGAAUAAUGGUGUGAAGGCUGCCUGUGAUGAACUUGGGAUCACAUUGAUUGCAUAUUCACCUAUCGCUCAAGGUGUGCUGACAGGAAAGUACACGCCAGAAAGCCCUCCCACUGGUCCUCGAAGAAACAUUUACACCCCUGAGUUCCUAACAAAGCUCCAACCUUUGAUAAACAGAAUCAUGGAGAUGGGACAAAACUACAACAAAACUUCUACACAGGUAGUCCUCAAUUGGUUAAUAUCCCAGGGGAAUGUUGUACCGAUCCCUGGGGCAAAAACCGCUGAGCAGGCCGAAGAGUUCGCUGGUGCCCUAGGUUGGAGGCUCACCGAUGAAGAGAUCGAGGAGCUGCGUUCUUUGGCAUCACAGAUACAACCCGUUAUCGGUUUCCCAGUUGAAAAGUUAUAGAUUUUAGCACAAGCAUUUUGCACACAAACGUCUUAGUUUGUUAAAUUGUAAAAGUACAUUUCUCUACCAGUGACCGAUACUGAAAUGUCUACACAUAUUAGUAUGUCAAUGAACCACAGCAAUCUUUGAGUCGAUGCUUGUAGGUCAUUUUCAUCCAUAGUCCCUUCUCUGUUUACUUAGUUGUAAAUUACACUUACUGAAUGGUGAUGCACUUUAAAAAGUUUUAUGCUUUUGAAAGUAGCAGUUGAUGCCA